CAACAAUCGAGACAAACUUCCGCUCCUGCGCAAACGCACUUUUUCUACUACGAGGAUGGUCUGAUCUCUUUUCUCACUUCUCACACCACCUUUACGAUUUCCACUCGAUCGAGAUCGAUAUGCCAAAGGUCAAAAGCUACGCGCCGGCCUGGCUAUGCCGGCCUUCGCCCGGUGCCAGCCUCUUCACGAGCAACCCGGACAAAAGCCCUGCACAGGACCUACAGAAUAAGGCCAAGCCUUCCACCCAGAUUGGCGCCACCAGAACGAUCGCUAAGAGGGGCAAUGAGGUUUUCGUCGUCAUCGAUAAUGAAAUCCGCUGGUCAAACCUUGCGCGCGUGAAGGAUCAAUGGCAACAACAGGCCCGGCAGAAGAAAGCUAAAGACCAGACGACUGAUUCUUUGCCUCCAUCCUAUAGGGUUCUGUCUGUGCCUGUCUAUGGACUCAUCAAACAGAUCUUGCCCUCUCCUAAUGGCGCUUUCCUUGCAAUCGUCACCGAGCACACCGUGCACAUCGCUGUGCUCCCGGAUUCAUCACACCUGUCAUCCACGGAUAAAUCCACGAUUCGACUGAAGACCUACCAGCUCGGUCCGACUACCCAUGUCAUCCCGGAAUCACCGGUCGUGUCCGCACUAUGGCACCCGCUGGGCUUGCACACCAAUCUCGGUGGAUGUUUGGUUACAAUCACUGCUGAUGCUGCAGUGCGCAUUUGGGAGCUGGACCGAAACAACCACUGGUCUUUUGAUCAGCCUACAUUAGCUGUUGACCUUAAGAAGCUAGUCGAUGGCACCUCUUCUGAUCAGGACUUUGCGCCCUCUGGAUUCGGCAAGAGCAAGGGAUUCUCUGCGGAUGUCUUCGAUAUGGAGGUUGCCUCGGCUUGCUUUGGUGGCAAUGGCAAUGACAAGGAGGAUGCCUGGGCACCUAUGACUCUGUGGGUUGCCAUGAAGCCAGGUGAUCUCUAUGCGCUUUGCCCAUUGCUGCCAUCGAAAUGGCAAGCUCCAUCUGCAACUAUCCCUUCGCUCUCCUCGGCUAUCAUUCCGAAGAUGGCAGCCCUUGAGGAAACACCAGAGGAUUUGGAGGAGGAGCUGAUCGCAUGCCGGCAACAGUAUGACUGGCUGCGUGAGAUUGAUGACCAGGAGCCAGUGAACCCACCAGCGGACUCGGAUACGAUUCGGGGUGCGGAUGUGUUCUCUCGGCCCGCAAACCCGAGUGCCAUUCCGCGCCUGCAAGGACCGUUCCGGUUUGACACUGGAGAGGAGCUUGACGAUUUGGAUCUAUGUGAUAUUCUGGUCAUCGCUGCCAGACUUGACGUUGAAGACCUGAUGAUGGGAGAAGACGAAGAGCUAGCAGUGGAGUCCAGCGAUCAAGACAAAUUGUCUGCAACAGUCAUUUGCCUUACCAGCGGUAACGGUCGCGUUCACAUUUGUCUGGAACUGGAUGGUGUUGGGGGCCAGUGGCUUCCCAAGGCUAGAAAGAACGCCUUUAGAACUCCACUUUCGGAGCCUGCUGAUUUGCUCUUAGCUGAGUCCUUGGAUACCAUGAAAACGGACGGCACGGAAUCAGUCACUUGGCCCACUUUCACCAAGGACAUCCACUCUCGGUAUUCCUUCUUUGUGACGAACGCAUCAAAUGUGGUGCACUUCUCCAUGUCAUCAUGGGUGCAAAGACUAGAGUCUGAGUUGCAGGCCGAGGACACGACCGGUUCAGGCUUCAGACUUCAGUGGAAACGUUGCUCAAAGAGAAAAAAAAUCUUGCAGGCCGAGGAUGUAGAUGUCACUGCCGAGAAGGAGCAUCUAGCCGCGUCAGUGGUGUUCUAUGACUUUGAUCUUGGAUACCUUCUUCUCACGUAUCAUCCAUCCAACCCGUAUGCGGCAGUCAUGGAUGCCCCGGAGGAUGCUUUCUCAGCAACCAUGGAUCUCCGUCAUUACGAUCAAAAGACUAGCGUAGAGGACCCCCUCGCGCUGGUCCCUCGGCGAGCUCCGUACCAAGUUCCAGCUAUCUUCUACGCAAAGUCCCCGCUGGAAAACUUUGUCGAGAAACACGUACCGCACCGCCAGCGACACACACUCAAGGAGCAGGUUCGCCUGUCUCCUGCGACUCUUGACUUGGUCACCACGGCCCACCGUGUGCUGUCAGCUCACACGAAUGCGCUGGAACGCGCCGCCUCGGACUUGUUCCGUCGGUGCGAGAGACUACAGGGUGAGAUCAAGGACCAGCUCAAGCAACUUUCAGAUGUCGCAGAGCGCAUCAAGGGCGUGUCGAGCGAGAUUGACGAGGACGGCACUCGUAAGGAGGGUGCUCGAGACGGCGUCGCCCUUGACAAGAGGCUGCAGGCUGCAAAGGAUAAGCAGAACGAGCUUGUGCAAAGAUACGACGCUUUGCGAAAGAAGCUUCUGAACUCUGGUGGCCGGCCCCUGAGCGACAAGGAGAAGGCCUGGAUCUCCGAAGUGAAGACCUUGUCCGGGUCUAUUGGCGAGACUCAGCCCAAGCCCGGCGAGGAAGAUCAACAACUAGCGCAACGCCUGGAGACUGUCAAAUCCCUUGCCACCGACCUUGUGGCAGAAACCAAAACUCUCGCAGCAAAGGCUCCAUCGGCUCCCGAGCCUGGAAGCCCUGCUUCUCCUGGUGGCGCUCGCCCCAGGGUGCCGCAGCGACUUCAGCGUGCUAAGAUUGCCGAUGCGAUGAGAAUGGUUGAACGAGAAUCUGCGGUCAUCGAUGCGAUUACUGCUCGUCUGGCGCGCCUCAACACGAGCAUGUAAGGCCAGCUAUUGGCAUUAUCAUUUCGACAUGGUUGGUGAUACUAUUACCAGUAUCAAGGGCUAGGAAAAACGCGUGGAGAGCAUCUCGCACGCUUAUGAUCUUUGAGUUCUUAGGAUAGCAUGAACAAUGGGCCAUACAAACAUCGUUUAAUGACGCUGCACUAUCACUUUCUCCUACGCCUCCCAGGCACUAAAGCGAAAUAGCAAGAUGAAUUCUCG